AUGGAGUACUUUCCAUAUGAAAUUCUUGGGGAAAUUAUGAUAUUUCUUGGUCCAAAAGAAGUUUUUCUGAAUUUUUGUCUGAUCAACAAAUAUUUCAAUAGCGUAACAAACUCUCCAUACCACUUAAGCAGACUAGUUUCAAAUAAACUCCACAUCACAAGACCAAUUUCCCUUUCUCCUUUCCAGGCUAUAAAAAUCCUUAAAGCUACAAGCAGCCAAAGUAAAAUUAAUUCCAUAAAAUUUAUAGGUUUUGGCACAACUGGUGGGGUAGACGACGAUAACCCUAAUUACUGGGUUGACAGCUUAUUUUCAAAAAAAUCUCGUGGUUACUGCUCCAGGGAAAAUACCUCAAAUGUAAACUGUGCCGGCGUCCUUUCUUCUACUCAAACAGAAAUUUUAUCCGAUGGGCGAGCUGAAAUUAAAAAUGAAGUUGCGAGAAUUGUAAGAAAUAAUAAAUAUGCUAGACAACUUCUAGGACUUAGAAGAGGUAGAAGAAGUGAUUCUUUAAAUUAUUUCGAAGAAAUGGUCUUUAGGCAUAUUUUCAUAAAUAAUCCAGAAGUUUUAGUUCAUAGAAAUUCCAAUCAGCAGUUAAUGUAUGAGCAUAUGCAUCAUCUUAGGGAUUUGCAUGAUACGCUGGUUUGCACGGAGCUGAAACUUGCAAAUUUUAGAAAAAGCCAGGAUGAUUUAUAUACUUUAGUUAGGCAAAUUAACUUUCAAGCAGCUGAUAGAGGUAAUAAGCUUUUCGUAGCUAAAAUGAUAGAAAUAAGCAGAAGUGGGCAUUUUACAUGCCCUGUCGCAGCUUUCAUGGUUUUUGUAAGCGAUGCUUAUGUUGAUAUUGAUUCAUAUGAGUUUUCGAUUUAUAAUGACUUAAAAAGCUCUGAUGAUAUUGAUAACUUGAUAUCGAUUGAUGGGAGAGUUCCUGAGGCCUACAGCUUGGUAAAAGAAAAACUGCAUGAAUAUCGCCUUUUUAAGUGAACGAAUAACCCUUUGAAACCCAUUUUAUGGGGAAGAUUUAUUAAAAGAGGAAGAAAAAAUAUGGAGGUGAAGCUUUGUGAUGCAUUUUCAGGAGUUUAUCUUUAUAUGAAACUGUUUUACCCACUCAACUUGAUGAGAGAAUUCGGAGACAUGGGUUCACAUACAAAUAUUGACGCAAGAUAUGUUGGAAUAAAAGGAGUUGAAAUAACAAUUUAA